AUGCGCUACGGAACGCCGCCAAAGUUGCAGCUUCCGUUGGAGCGCACACCGCCUUCGGCGCGAGCAGGGCAACUCGAAAUCCAUUCCGCUGCGAGGCAAUGCACCCCACAGACUGGACCACGCAGAGAUGAACUGACCCAGUGCUUCCAAUCCGUGGAACGACAGGUGGAGGUGGACUCUCGCGUACGGCGGCAGACAGAAGACUCCACGGUGACGAAGCGGCAGUUCUUCUCUGAGCUUUGGGAGAAACGUCCUCAGCACUUCCCAGCUGCACUGCCACUGCGACGGGAGAUCUUGUGCUGGGAUUUUCUGGAUGUUGUCCUCUUGCGAUGUCUUUCUGUAGGAUGUCCUCCAGAGUCAGAACUCGUGUUCUAUCAGAACUGUGCAGCAUGUGAGGACUACGAAUCGCCCUUUGCAGCGUAUUUGGAUGGAGCCUCCUUGAUCAUCAACUACAUUGACCGUAUAUGGCGACCAGUGCAGGCGUUCUGUCGAGCCCUGGGCUUCCCCUCGGCCUACGCCAACUGCUACGUCACGCCCAGGAAGUCCCAGACGGCGCCGGCGCAUGCGGAUGAUCGAGAUGUCUUUGUGCUUCAGUUGGAGGGAGAGAAGGACUGGCGCAUUUACAGCGCCCCGGUCUAUUUGCCCUAUCCAGAUGAGCGAGUUGGAAAGAAUGGUCUGAAGGUUCCCGCAAAAGCGCUACAAACCAUGACAUUGAGCCAGACUCUGCGGGAAGGAGAUGUUCUGUACAUUCCUCGCGGCUUCGUCCAUGAAGCCAGCACCGAAAACCACGCGUCCCUCCACGUGACGCUGGCAAUCCCUACCUUCGACUGGAGCGUCUCUCGCGUCUUGACGGAGGCCUUGCAGCAUCAGAUGGAUGGACUGGCAGAGGAGAAGCAAAACCCAUGGCGCUGCAGCGUGCCAUUUUUUCGCGCCUGGGAGGAGGAGCAAGAUCUGAAGGCGGCCCUCAAUGAAGCCGCCAAGCUUCUGGAUCUCAGAAAGGCCAAGAAGAUCUUCGCAGCCAAAAACGCCAUGCACAACGAGCAGCAAGGGGCCGCCCUGCGACGCGCAGAGUCGUUGACGUUGCCGCGGAAAGCACUUCAAGGAUCGUCAAGAGUCUUCUGGUGCAAAAGCCAUGAUACGUACACCUCGGAUCUCCACUUUGCGCCCUGGGCGCAACAGCUCCAGCGCUUGCAGGGCUUGGGACGCCCCAUCAAGGUGGCGGAUUUGCCCGAGGCCGAGGCCGAGGUGGUCCGAAAGCGGAAGAUGGAGGAGACGACCCCGCCACUGGGAACAGUUUCCAGCUGGUGUUUUUUCUCGCGGAUCUGUUUCGCAGCAGUGGGCCUUGAGAACGGUUGGGCACAGCUGGUGGAGUGUGAUGAUCGGCAGCUGGACAUGGCACCGAUCCGUUCCAUGCAGCUUCAUCCCAAGUACAAAGUAAGGCUGAGCUACGUCGGCUCAUUGCUGGGUCGAAACAUGUUCCAUGCUGGGCUAGAGACGGAGCGGCGACUUCUUCAACUGGAGCUCUUGAAAAAGGAUUUCCUGCACCCGAUGCUGGCGAAAGCUCAAAGUAAGUUGGAGGCCUCGUUCUUGAACCAAUUUGAACGAGUGUACAGCCAAGUUGAUGCCCUCAGCGAUCGACUGCAAACGGUCGAGAAGGCCUUCAAGGAGUCGAGGUCGUACUAUGUGGGACACAUGGAGAAGGAAGCUUCGGCCGUCGAGAAUGAGAUCGGAGUCUUCCGUCAGCACUUUGAAAAGGAUGUCACUGACCGCCAGGAAUGCCUGAGCGACUUCUUUCAUCGUUUGGAAGCCUUGAAGAUGCAAAGCGUGGAGAAAUUGGCUCGGGACGAACGUCUCUCCCAGCGGAAAUUCGAUCAGCUGAAGCGUGGUGCUGAUGACAUGGUGGUGCAGCAAGAUGAGGAGAAGAGACGAUUUCAGGCUCAGCUGGAGGCGGAGCUCCGCGCCAUCAAAGCAGCCAUGGCGGACGCCUCCCAGGCCAGAAAUCGAGCAGAUAAUGAGCUGUUGACAGCUCUGAACCACUACACCAUGGCUUGGCUGCUGAUCCCUGUGAACUGGGUGGUGUCCAGCCUGCAGCAUCUUCCUGCCUGGCGCAACUUCAGCAACGCCCCACGAGGACGACUGGGACCACCGAUGGCAUCCUGCGACACAGACGCAUUCAAAGAAGUGAUCCUCUUGUUGCACUGUCGUCAGACCAAAGAGAUUUGUGAUCAGCGCCGGUCACUGCUCAGUGCAUACAGGGAGUACUUCAAGGACGUCCGCUGGAUGGUGGCAGAGUCCCCGGGUCCAAAGGAUUUCUAUUGUAAGAGACUUCAACGGGGCGAUCCUGGUGAUCCUCACAUUUGUAUUUCACAUCUUCUUCGUCAAAUCAGUGCCACGGAGCCUUCGUCCGACUUCCAGGGGCUCCUUUAUAUGCAUUUUGAUGCUGUCAUCUCACCUUGCAGAUUUGCCGAACUGUUCAAUCCCCAAAAAUUGGGAAUUCCCCAACCACACGCCUACAACAGCUUUGAUGGCCAUGACCAAUGCAACGAUCCACGGUAUGCAUACCUCAAUUGCACUUGGCCGCUCUGGAGCCAAAACAAACAGAAUUUCUUUGCGGCUCGACAGGAGUUGUUGCUCCACCGGCCGGAGCUGCAAUGGCGGGUCCCGGAACUGGCAGAAGGAUGUUGGAAAGGUUUUUUCGACUUCUUCUAUUUGCCACGGCAGGUCUUUGCCACCUUCGCAGAGAUGGCGAAGGUCUUCACCAAACACAAUAUCCACCUGGAGAUCGCUGGACCCAAUCUGCUGCAAAUCACCGGCGCGCUGCAUCAGAUGGAGCUGCAAAACUACCAAUGUUUGAUUCACGUGAGGGAAGGCGGCCUGAAAAUCUCAGACAUCACCGAUGCGCAUUUUCGUUGCGGUCAUGAAGUCCACUACCAAGACGACGGCAUGAUGGACGCUGUACUCAGAGUGAUUCAGGGAGAUCAGCGAGAAAUCAGCCAACUGGUCAUCAACGAAACGCUGAAAGAGCCAGUUGGCUCACUUGGAAGUGAUCAGAGUUGGAGCACAUGGUUGGAAUUACCAGUGGUUUGUAUGACCAUGGUGGCACUGGGUGUAUCAACCUGUUGCCUGGAGCCUUUCAUUGACUCACUCUCCAGAAUGGCAUUUUCACUCCUCCUUUGCGCUGUGUAUGUCUGCAUUUCUGUGGUGAUUGACUUGUCGAUUGCAAGACAAGCCACUGUGCAUGGUGAAGACUAUCGUUUCGAACCAAUGUGUGCAGUUCUGCUGACCGAAUUCCUCAAGCUCUUGGUCUCACUGGGGCUGGCCGCGCAGCGACCCAGCUACUUGAAAGACUCCACAUCCAAUUUGACGCAGAAGGAUGUGAUGUGGCUUGUUAGUGCUGCUGCAAUUUUUACCGUGAACAACAUCUUGCUCUGGUGGGCCAUUGGCCAGAAUGAUAUUUCCACCUUUGCGAUCCUGCGGGACACCAUGGUCCUGUGGACAGCCUUGCUUUGGCGCGGCAUCUUUGGUGUAGCCUUGGGCUGGACACGCUUGGCGGCCAUUUGGGUGGUCUUCAUGGGCCUUGUGUUGAAUCAAGUCCAGCUCUGGGAGCAAGCCACCUGGUCCUUGGCCCCGCUGUUGGUCCUGGCCAUGACCUGCUGCAACGCCUUCGGUUCUGUGGUGAACGAGUUGGCCUUGAAGCAGCACCGGACGGUGGAUAUCAACCUGCAGAACUCCGUCCUUUAUUUCACCUGCAUAAUCCUCACUUUGCUGACCCUGCUGCUGUCAAAGCGCUGGCGAGACGUCUAUGCGCACGGCUUCUUCCAUGGCUUCACGCGGCACACGAUGUUCACGGUGAUUCUCCAAGCUCUCGCAGGGCUCAGCGUGUCUCGCAUCCUGAAGUAUGCGGAUGCAGUGCAAAAGACCGUUGCCUCCUGUUUGCGUGGCCCUAUCCUGGUGAUGGUGUCUCCCGCAGUGGUCAACUCCAUCGCUGACAUGACCACCUUUUUCUCUGCGGCCAUUGUGGCGAGCGGAUGUCUCAUGUAUCUCAUGCAGGGACCGCUGGCAGCAUCCAAAGCCUAA